GGGGGAUGGAUGGGGUUAUGCUCUGGAUCGUGAGAGCGUGGUGUGUGUGCGUAAACAAGACUGUGAGCACAGGUAUUUUUGAGGAAGGGAGUGGGAAUAUUAAGAUGUAUUUCUAGAAGCAUGACUGCAUGUGACAGUGUUUAUGGUGCCAAGGGGGGUGUCCAUCAGGGUAUGUGUGAAGUGGGACUCAUGUGUUGGUAUAUGUGUAUGGCAGGGGGAUGGGACCUAAAAGCAGGCAGGUUAGGUGUACAGAGCACCCUGAGCUGUAUAGGUCAGAGGGUGUGUAUACACCAGGGUGCAUGUCAUGAAGUCAGUGUGUUAAAUAGCAGAGUGGAUGAUUAGGGGGUUAGGGUAUGUUACGAGGUUGCACUAGGCUGUGGUUUGGGGGUGGUAUAUUGUGGAGUGCCCAAGUGGGCACAGUAUAUUUGGGUUUACAGUGUUUGCUGCUGUGCUAUGGGGUAUGGUAUGAAACACCCACGUUAGGGUAUGUGUAUAUGUAGUGGUUGUUAUUUGGGGUGGUUUGUGUGUGUACAAGCACAUGCAGGCUGGGCCUUCCUAAGCACCUGUCCCAUGAAGCCUUCAGUGCCUGACCCUUGUCACCACUCUGUGCUUGCCCCCACAGGAGCCACCACCCCUGACCAUGUAGAUGCCAGCUCCAGGGAGCAGCAUGGGCCCCACUGAAUGGAGACUCCUGGGUCUACAGCCCUGAGCCCCUCCGGCCCCUGGACGUUGCCCCGUGCCCAGGGACACCCCUUGGAGCUCACCACCGCUGUCGCCAGCCCACCUCGGCCGCCCCCUCCCCCUGGGACCCAAAGUCGGCCACCGGGAGCCACAGUCAUCCAGUGAGGUUGUGCUAAGGACAGGCACACGGAGCCAUCGCCCAGCAGCCUCUUGUCCAGCGCUGACUCUCGGGCCCACCCUGAGCAGGGACUGGGGCAAACAUGGGUGACAUGACCAACAGCGAUUUUUACUCCAAAAACCAAAGAAAUGAGUCGAGCCAUGGGGGCGAGUUCGGGUGCACAAUGGAGGAGCUCCGCUCCCUCAUGGAGCUACGGGGCACCGAGGCUGUGGUCAAGAUCAAGGAGACUUAUGGGGACACUGAAGCCAUCUGCCGGCGCCUCAAGACUUCACCUGUGGAAGGUUUGCCGGGCACCGCUCCAGAUCUGGAAAAGAGAAAGCAGAUUUUUGGGCAAAACUUUAUACCUCCAAAGAAGCCAAAAACCUUCCUGCAGCUGGUGUGGGAGGCACUGCAAGAUGUGACACUGAUCAUCCUGGAAAUCGCGGCCAUCAUCUCCCUGGGGCUGUCCUUUUACCACCCGCCUGGAGAGAACAAUGAAGGAUGUGCGACGGCCCAGGGAGGGGCAGAGGAUGAAGGGGAGGCGGAGGCGGGCUGGAUCGAGGGGGCGGCCAUCCUCCUCUCUGUCAUCUGUGUGGUCCUGGUCACGGCCUUCAAUGACUGGAGCAAAGAGAAGCAGUUCCGGGGCCUGCAGAGCCGCAUUGAGCAGGAGCAGAAGUUCACCGUGGUUCGGGCUGGCCAGGUGGUCCAGAUCCCUGUGGCCGAGAUUGUGGUUGGGGACAUCGCCCAGGUCAAAUAUGGUGACCUUCUCCCUGCUGACGGCCUCUUCAUCCAGGGCAAUGACCUCAAAAUCGACGAAAGCUCCCUGACGGGAGAGUCUGACCAGGUGCGCAAGUCCGUGGACAAGGACCCCAUGCUGCUGUCAGGGACCCACGUGAUGGAGGGCUCUGGACGGAUGGUAGUGACCGCAGUGGGUGUGAAUUCUCAGACUGGCAUCAUCUUUACCCUGCUGGGGGCUGGCGGUGAGGAGGAAGAGAAGAAAGACAAGAAAGGUGUGAAGAAGGGGGAUGGCCUUCAGCUACCAGCGGCCGAUGGUGCAGCAGGCUCAAAUGCUGUAGAUAGUGCAAAUACCAGCCUAGUCAAUGGUAAAAUGCAGGAUGGCAAUGUGGACGCCAGCCAGAGCAAAGCCAAACAGCAGGACGGGGCAGCCGCCAUGGAGAUGCAGCCCCUCAAGAGUGCCGAGGGCGGCGAUGCCGACGACAAAAAAAAGGCCAACAUGCACAAGAAGGAGAAGUCUGUGCUGCAGGGAAAGCUCACCAAGCUGGCUGUGCAGAUAGGCAAGGCAGGACUGGUGAUGUCGGCCAUCACAGUGAUCAUCCUGGUGCUCUACUUCACCGUGGACACCUUCGUGGUCAACAAGAAGCCGUGGUUACCCGAGUGCACGCCCGUCUACGUGCAGUACUUUGUCAAGUUCUUCAUCAUCGGUGUGACGGUGCUGGUGGUGGCCGUGCCCGAGGGGCUCCCUCUGGCCGUCACCAUCUCACUGGCCUACUCUGUGAAGAAAAUGAUGAAAGACAACAACCUGGUACGCCACCUGGAUGCCUGCGAGACCAUGGGCAAUGCCACCGCCAUCUGCUCAGACAAGACAGGCACACUGACCACCAAUCGCAUGACAGUCGUGCAGGCCUACGUGGGCGAUGUCCACUACAAGGAGAUCCCCGACCCCAGCUCCAUCAACACCAAGACCAUGGAGCUGCUCGUCAACGCCAUUGCCAUCAACAGCGCCUACACCACCAAGAUUCUGCCCCCGGAGAAGGAGGGUGCCCUGCCUCGGCAGGUGGGCAACAAGACAGAGUGCGGCCUGCUGGGCUUCGUGCUGGACCUGAAGCAGGAUUAUGAGCCCGUGCGCACCCAGAUGCCAGAGGAGAAGCUGUACAAGGUGUACACCUUCAACUCUGUGCGCAAGUCCAUGAGCACAGUCAUCAAGCUGCCGGACGAGAGCUUCCGCAUGUACAGCAAGGGUGCUUCUGAGAUCGUGCUCAAGAAGUGCUGCAAAAUCCUCAAUGGGGCAGGGGAGCCCCGGGUCUUCCGGCCCCGCGACCGGGAUGAGAUGGUGAAGAAGGUGAUCGAGCCCAUGGCCUGUGAUGGGCUCCGCACCAUCUGUGUGGCCUACCGUGACUUCCCCAGCAGCCCGGAGCCUGACUGGGACAAUGAGAAUGACAUCCUCAACGACCUAACCUGUAUCUGUGUGGUGGGCAUCGAGGACCCCGUGCGGCCCGAGGUCCCAGAAGCCAUCCGCAAGUGCCAGCGAGCAGGCAUCACAGUCCGCAUGGUCACCGGUGACAAUAUCAACACGGCCCGGGCCAUCGCCAUCAAGUGUGGCAUCAUCCAUCCUGGGGAAGACUUUCUGUGCCUGGAGGGCAAGGAGUUUAACCGGAGGAUCCGCAACGAGAAGGGGGAGAUUGAACAAGAGCGAAUUGAUAAGAUCUGGCCAAAGCUACGGGUGCUGGCUCGCUCCUCCCCCACGGACAAGCAUACCCUCGUCAAAGGUAUCAUCGACAGCACACACACGGAGCAGCGACAGGUGGUGGCCGUGACAGGGGAUGGCACCAACGACGGGCCUGCGCUCAAGAAGGCUGACGUGGGCUUCGCCAUGGGCAUCGCAGGCACGGAUGUGGCCAAGGAGGCCUCGGACAUCAUCCUGACGGAUGACAACUUCAGCAGCAUCGUCAAGGCAGUGAUGUGGGGCCGCAACGUCUAUGAUAGCAUCUCCAAAUUCCUGCAGUUCCAACUAACAGUCAACGUAGUGGCUGUGAUUGUGGCCUUCACAGGCGCCUGCAUCACGCAGGACUCCCCUCUGAAGGCCGUGCAGAUGCUCUGGGUAAACCUCAUCAUGGACACGUUCGCCUCGCUGGCCCUGGCCACUGAGCCGCCCACCGAGACCCUGCUUCUGAGGAAGCCAUACGGCCGUAACAAGCCCCUCAUCUCUCGGACCAUGAUGAAGAACAUCCUGGGCCAUGCCGUCUACCAGCUCACCCUCAUCUUCACCCUGCUUUUUGUUGGUGAGAAGAUGUUCCAGAUCGACAGUGGGAGGAACGCGCCCCUGCACUCGCCACCCUCGGAGCACUACACCAUCAUCUUCAACACCUUCGUCAUGAUGCAGCUCUUCAACGAGAUCAACGCCCGCAAGAUCCAUGGCGAGCGCAAUGUCUUUGAUGGCAUCUUCCGGAACCCGAUUUUCUGCACCAUCGUGCUGGGCACCUUUGCCAUCCAGAUAGUGAUCGUGCAGUUUGGGGGGAAGCCGUUCAGCUGCUCUCCGCUGCAGCUGGACCAGUGGAUGUGGUGCAUAUUCAUCGGGUUGGGAGAGCUCGUCUGGGGUCAGGUCAUCGCCACCAUCCCGACCAGCAGGCUCAAGUUCCUCAAGGAGGCGGGGAGGCUCACGCAGAAGGAGGAGAUCCCAGAGGAGGAGCUGAAUGAGGACGUGGAGGAGAUAGACCACGCCGAGAGGGAGCUGCGGCGGGGCCAGAUCCUGUGGUUCCGAGGCCUGAAUCGGAUCCAGACCCAGAUUCGCGUCGUGAAGGCGUUCCGUAGCUCUCUCUAUGAAGGUCUAGAAAAGCCUGAGUCUCGAACCUCCAUCCAUAAUUUCAUGGCUCACCCCGAAUUCCGGAUCGAAGAUUCACAGCCCCACAUCCCCCUCAUUGACGACACCGACCUGGAAGAAGAUGCCGCACUCAAGCAGAACUCGAGCCCGCCGUCAUCGCUCAACAAGAACAACAGCGCCAUCGACAGCGGGAUCAAUCUGACGACUGACACAAGCAAAUCAGCUACCUCUUCAAGUCCAGGGAGCCCCAUCCACAGCCUGGAGACGUCGCUUUAGCUGAGGACCCCGCCGCCACCCACCCCCGGGCCCCACCCAUCCAGGCACCCAGCUCACCCAAGCAGCAACGAGCAACAACAGGAAACCAAAUACUGGCGAGAAAACCAACAUUUCCACCCAAAAGACCCUUUUUCUGGCUGCGAUGCUGUUUGAACUCUUUUUCACUUUGAGGCAAGGGGCGGGAUCUCCUUGGGGAGGGGGGGCUUGCGGGAGUGAGCGAUUUUCCCAGAACAAGCCCUUCACGGCUCCCGCCCGAACAUGGACCAGCCAUGCACCCGCCAGGCCACCACAUCCCCUGCAUGAAUGUACUGUGCACUUCCAGUCCUCCCCUUGUUUGGUUUGGGGGGGGUCGGGGAGGGUUUUUUGUUUGUUUUCUUAGGCGGGAACUGACAACAGACUCUUUUCUGAGACUAUUUAUCCAAUCGACUGGUCUGUGAGUUUUUGAAAUGCUUGCGCAGCAUGGUCUCAGUUGCAUAGGUUAAUUUAACAACUUUUUGAAACUGCAGAGCUUAACUCACCUAGUAAAUUUGCACCAAUGGAACCGAAGAACUUCAUAGACACUCACAAGGUUAUAUCCAUUUCUUUGUAUCUAUAUCAACGUAUACUUCUGCAAGACUGUAUACGUCCAUAUAGAUAGGUAUACACACACACACACACACACACACACACAGAUAUAUAAAGUUUUUUUGCCGGCAUGUUGCCUUGUUUCCGCUUAAAUGCUCUAUUUUAACUUAUUUAUGUCCUAAAACAAGAAUGUAAUUUGUUUACAAACCUGUAGAUAACGUCUUUGGCUAUUUGUACGGUUUAAGAACACUGGUGGCUGAGAUGCUAUAAAGACAGCUCAGCCCAACAGACACUUCCCUGGAUUGCAUCCUUGAUGUUUUACAAUAGCCAUGCUCUGAUUUUUGCCUGCUGUUUCCGUUCAAUUAUGUCACUACCGCGGGAGGCUCAGGCAGACGCCAAAUGCUACUGAGUGUCCAUCCGGAGUGGGUUAACACCGUGCUCGUGCUCCGUAGACACAGGGAGAGGAGGAGAGAAGGCUUCCUAGGUUUGCAGCACUAACGGCCGGCCCGGCCCGAGGAGGAUGACGGGGUCCGCCAAGCUCUGAAGACUUUUCUCUCGAUGAAACUCGCUUGAGUUUACUAAGAGCAUUUCAAAAAAAAGGUUCUCUUUGGCACUGUCUGUACAGAGAUUGAGGUAGUGUUGCAAUAUUAUAAAUGCUACUGUGUUGAUUUUUUUUUUUUAGUAAUUUAGAGGUUUAUUUACUUAUAAAUUGCAGCGUAUAAGCUGUUGGCAUACUGGAUGAGGAUCAUUAAGGCCUGCUGCUUUUAUUUUUAUUUUUAUUUUUGAAGAAGAGUAGCCUUUUUCUCUGCACUAUUUAGAUCCGAACGAACCUUAUGAUGUGUAUAUUGAGAUGUAUUCAGUGUGAUUUUUAAACCAAAUUGUCUUCCUGUAGUCGCAAUAUAUACUGUAGCCUUUUGACAGCAAGUCUCGCUUUCCCAGACAGAAAGCCAUUCUGAAACCCUACAGUAUCACAGGUGAGAAAAGGUGGUUAUUUUCCCCCCAAGACAAUAACAGCACUAGUAAUCCCACUUAAUGAGAGCUUAUUUAAUUGUACGUCAGCCUCUUAACUGCUAAGCACUUUGUGGGUAUCAGCUUUUUUCAUAAAAGAACUUUUGUAUUUAAUACAAAGUUUGCUUUGAGACUUUUCAGCAUACAAUCUUUUUCCAUAAACUUGUACAGUGCAAAAGACAUUUUGAAUACCAUGAUCGAUGACGUCCCAUGCUUCGAGGAAAACCAAACACUUUUCCACCUCGCUUGCAAAAUUCAUUCCUCAUACUGACCUUUCCCACAGUUGCUCUGUGUCAGCUCGGCCCUUCCCUUCUCCAGGCCCAGAGAAUUCUUCCACAAACAAGAUGAGAGCCACUCGGGAAAAGAGCCAUAGUCAGCUGGGAGGGCCUACAUCUGGGUGGCUGUGAAGAAACCUGAGGGUUUGGGAUCCCAAGUCAGCCCAUCCCACCUGGCAAAACCUUCCUGGAAGGAGGACCUUCCGUGUGCGAGAGCAUCACCUGAUUGUCGUGAAGGAAUAUCUCUGAAUGUACCCAGCAGAGGAAACUGCAUCCCCAAAGGGGUGACCAGCCCUCAGAUAUGCUUACUGGAUUCCAAUACAAACACCACAAAAAGCCAGCCCACUGCUCGCCUGCCGAGAAAGUAGAGACCCGCACAUGUAAAACAUGGAGCAGCCUUGGAACACGGUGUUUUUUUGUAGCUUCCUUUCUCAAGGUUUUCCAUCUCCCCACCUUCUUUGUUCCAAUCUUGUGUCCAUGACCUCAUUCCACGACACCAGGAAAGCUGUGCUUGCACACCCAUGCUCCCUGUUUAUUUGGAGCCAGGACACAGGGAAAAACAGGAGGGGUUUCUCUGAGUGGAGCCUAGCUUGGAGAACAGGGAGCAACGGAAGUAACGGAGGACACCCGACAUUAGCGUUGGUCUUUUCUUGUCAGGAAUGAUGGAUGCUCACACAGACACACACACACACACACACACACACACACAGAGGAAAUGAUUGGUUUGUCCAAACUCACUGUAGUACAUAAAGCUUGCACUCUGCGUCCUAUAUCUAGCAGCAUGGGGUA